UAAAUAAAUAAAUAAAUAAAUAUAUAGGAGUUACAAACUAUAUAAACAUAAAUUUAGAGCAAAAUCAUCAAUAAACUUGACCUUCAGAGAACUAAGGAUGGAGAAAAGAAUGAAACCCCGCUGUCCAGGUAAGACGGCAUGGCCAGAGCUUGUUGGAAAAGAUGGAAAUCGUGCAGCAGUUAUUAUAGAAAAAGAGAACAAACAUGUGACAGCAAUCGUGCUCAAGUAUGCAACACCUGUGCCAAGAGAUUUAAGGUGCGACAGGGUUUGGGUUUGGGUGGAUGAAAAUAAUGUGGUCAUUGAUAUUCCUAGAGUGCGUUAAACAAUAAACGUCAUGUAAUAUCAAAUAAAAAGUCUUUAUACUUUUGAGACUUUCAGAAUAAAUAUUUGAGUUGUAUGAGUUGAUGUACCUAAUUAUGCAAUUGAAAGUUGGAUUGCAACUCAAUUAUAAAAAUUGAUUAAAAUAUUAA